CGCAGUCCCUCCACUUUUUUGUUCUCUUUCUUCAGGACUGCCAACUAUUAACACUGGUUGGAAAUGGCUUCUACCAGCAACUCAGAGCCCGUAGCACAUGACGAUGGAGACAACGCAUCAUUGAGUUCAACUGGAACAGACUACACAUCACUCCGGUCAAGUGUGCUGGAUUAUGAAUAUGAAAACGGCCGCCGGUACCAGAGCUACCGCAAGGGCGAAUACGUCUUUCCCAACGAUGAUGAUGAGCAGGAUCGUAUGGAUUUUCUGCACCACAUCUACAACAUGAUCUUGGGCGGCGAGCUGUACGUCGCCCCCGUCGGCGAUACAGCCCGUCGCGUCCUCGACAUCGGCACCGGAACGGGAAUUUGGGCCAUAGAUUUUGCUGAUGAGCAUCCUGCCGCAGAGGUGAUCGGAAACGACUUGAGCCCAAUUCAGCCCAAGUGGGUCCCCUCCAAUUGUAUCUUCGAGGUUGAUGACUUUGAGUCAAAUUGGGAAUACAAUCGCCCCUUUGACUAUAUUCAUGGUCGCGAGCUUGUUGGGUCAAUUAAAGAUAUCAACCGACUUGCCAAACAGGCGUUUGAUAACCUCAACCCUGGCGGAUACUUUGAGCUACAGGCAUUCACUCUUAAUGUCUUUUCAGAUGACAACUCUUUAGAAGAACGUGGACCAUUUACAAUCCAGAUGUGUGAGCUUAUUAAGGAGGCAGGCGAGAAGUUCGGCAAGCCUAUGCAGGACAUUGAAGAAACAUGGUCCAAGGCAUUUGAGCUGGCAGGGUUCAUCAAAGUUACACCCAAGAUGGUGAAGGUCCCAUUUAGCCCAUGGUCAAAUGAUCCAAAACAGAAGAAGAUUGGACAGUUUAUGCAAUCUCAACAGAGCCAGGCUCUACCCUCUUAUCUUCCUGGUCUUCUUACCACAAUCUUGGGAUGGUCCAAGGAAGAGGUUACUGUGCUAACGGCGAAGGUGCGCAAGGAGUUGUACGAUUUGAGUGUGCACCAGUAUGGAAAGGUGUAUUUUAUCUAUGGGCAAAGGCCAUAAACCAUCGUUCUGUUGCUGAUGUGAUCAACGUCAAUGAUGUUUUCUGUCAUAUUGCUUAUUAUGCUAUUUAUGUACAUAGCAGUAUGUCGCAGGCCCUGGGCCUGCAGAUUGGUAAUUACAGCAAUGUCAAGUGAUUGAGAAAACCCAGCUGGGUUUAUAGCUCAGUUUUCGGGUCCUGUAUCAGAGGCUCGGC